AUGGACAAAGAGUCAAUGGUUUCCAAAACACUAGCAAAGGAGGAUGAUCCUAUUUUAGAUGAGUCCAGAUCUGCUGCUCAAACCUCUGUUGCUGAACCUACUGCUCCUGUUGAUCAUGACACCACGGCCGGUGUUGUGAAACCUACACUAGCCAAAUCCAAAAAGAAACCUGCCACAUCCAAAAAACCCACCAAAACCAAACAAAAUAAAGCGGGUCCUCUAGAAGAUGAGAUCCCAGAGGUACAAGAUACACAAGCAGACAUUAAGGCCAUUAAGGAACAUCUGGUCAAAAUUACUGGCUCAGCCCCUACAACAAUCAUUCAAGAUGAUGAUGAUGAUGCCAAAAAGAGGGAAAAAUAUUCACUGAGAAGAUUGCAGCCUGAUUCAAAAGCAAAACCAAAACCAAAGGUGCAACAAAAGUCAGAGUCUGCUCAACCAAAAACUUCUGUUAAAACAUUAGAGGCCAGAAAAGAAAAAGGGAUUGAUGAGACCCUUAAUAAGAUGGCUGAAGAAAUUGUUUUGGAAAAACAUAAUAAGCAAGAUACAAAGGAAAGCAAAGCCCUUCAAAUUUGA